AUGCGGGGAGCAGCAUCUGCCUCAGCUUCGUGGUCCACAAUUCCGCAUUCACGUACUCCGCCGCCACUUCAGUCUAGUUAGUUGAAAAAAACGCGAAAAUUUAGGAGAAAAUACUAAAAUUCCGCAAGAUUUUCAGACAUUGAAAAGGUCGGUGAUAUUGUCCGACCGUCGUCCGCCACUGCGCUUCUUUCCUCCUCCUCCUCUUCGGGAAUAGGUGAGUAUAAUCGGGGGCGGAGCAUUUUUGUUGCCAACGCGCAAAAGUUAUGGAUUCAGAAGCUGGCGCGUCGUCGUGGGCCAGCACUCCGACCACGUCGAAUACGUUGCCGCCGCUGCUCGAAGACGCCGAAGACGUCGACGUCGGAAAAGAGGAAGUAGAGGAGGGAGACGGUGAAAAACUGGUGAAAAGCUCGAUUGUGGUGCCGUCGCCGUCGGGCACGCCUGGUGCCACGCCGGCGAUUCUGGAUGAGGCGCCCAAAAAAGAAGAAGAAAUCGGUGAGUGCUCAAUUUUUCCUUUUUGUGCCGUUUUUCUGUCCCUGGAAGAGUUUAAGGCUCGAUGACCGAAGUCUAGAAAAGCUAGGCCAUCUCGUGUUUCAGCACAAUUUCAGCCGUGUUUUCAGUUUGAAUAUGGCCCGCUUUUUGAAGAAACAAAGGAACGCGGCUUUCAUUUCUCGGACCUUGACUGGUUUUUGUCAAAAAGUAUACUGUUCGCUAGUGAUUGUUCCUUUUCCCCCGAAAUUAGUGGUUUUCAAGGCGUUUUCUUGCGAUUUUCUCCAUAUUCAGUGUAGAAUUGAGUGUAAUCUGUCCUGUUUUUCACAGUUUUUGUCAAACUCUGAUUGAUUAGGCUCCAUUUGAAGCAGAAUUUCUAACGAAUUUUGUCAAGAAUUCCCCCAAAAUCUUUUCCCGCCCAUUUUUGCAACGUCCUACCGUACCAUUUGCAAUCGUCUCUGAUCUGCGCCCACUGAGAUCCAUUAUCUCUGUAAUUUUUGGGCGGCGCACACCGGUUCCCUCUCGUUUCUCUCGUUCUCUCCGCGCUCUCUCCCUGCGGCCCAUCCAUCUUGAGAAGACGUGUGUUGCAAACGCGCUCCAUCGCCAAUUCAAAUAUAUUCCAUCGGAUGCCCUUCAGAAAAUCGUCGUGCCGCCAACGACGACGACGUCGACGAAGCAGCAGUAGCAGAAAAAGUAGAAGAAGACGUGACGGAAACGAAGCCGCCGAUAGAAGACGUUGCAGACGAUUCAUCGCAGCCGUGCUCUUCUCGGGCUCAGUCGUGUAAACGCGAGUUUGGCGAGGUGAAAGGUACUAAAAUUGUUCGCAAAUUCUUCAAAAACGCAUUAAAAAGUUGCAGAACAGGCUGUUUGCAAAGAGGAAGAAGCGAACGAGCCGACGCACGACGGAGUUCUGCCGAGCACGUCGUCGGCGGCGGCUUCUGGAGCGGCGACGCCCGAAAUGACGGCUUCGACGAGGAAUCCGCUCAGGAAACUGCGCUACUCGCUGCGGUUACCCGCGAAAACGGCGAAUCGGUUAAAACGGAUCGCCAAUUUUCAACCGGCUUCGUUGAGGAGGAUAGGUGAGGAGAUUGGACUAAAAAUUUAAUGAAGUACCCGCCCGAACUCAGAAUUUAGUAGAUUUCAACCGAACAUUCAAGUUUAUAUCUUGGAAUUUGAAAUAUCCCUUUAUUUUUUGAGCCCAUUAUGGUAAUUCACAAAUCUUGUCACUAAAUCCAUGAAUUUCCAGGUCUAAGCGCUCUGAAAAUAAGCGACGGGGAUCUCGUCCGACUGGCCGACGGUCCCCCACCGCCGGUGCCCGUUCAAGCGCCUACGGAAGCGGAAGCGAUGCCGACGAGGAGUCCGUUCGGACCUUCCACCUCCCACGAUCUCCCCCACGCGCCUCCGCAACUGGCUCCUCUUCAACAGGCUCCGCCCCCAGUUGCUCAGAUGGCUCCGCCUCCUCCGCAAAUGAUUCCUCCGUCCGCAAUGGCGCCGCCGCCUCAAAUGGGAUCUCUGGCGCAACAAUUGGCGCCGCCGCAUCAUCCAGGCUAUGCGGUGAUGGUGAAACAGGAGCAGUUUACUCCGCAACCGCAACCGCAAGCCCCUCCCCUCCAGCAGCAUCCGUCGCAACUUCAUCCGGCGAUGCGGCAAAUGACGGCGGAGGAGUACGCGCAGAUGAGGGCGCGCGAGCAGGGACAGUUUCCCGGAAUGGUGGCGCAGAUCAAACAGGAACUGCCGAGUGGAUCGGGCCAGCCGACGCCGGUGUCCGUCGGCACUCCGCAGCCGGGGCAGAUGACGCCGCAGCCGAUGGGGAUGCAUCCACAGCAGCAGCAGAGGAUCCAGCAGCAACAGCAGCAGCAGCCGAACAAUGCCUCCAACAGCCCGCUGCUCGUCAACUUGCUCUCGAGUCAACAGCCGAAUCAGCAAGUGCAGCAGCAGCAGUUUAUGGGGUUCCAGGGGGCGCCGCAGCCGGGGCACGGGCUCAACAUGCAACAGAUUGCCGCCCUCCAGCAGCAACAGGUAAUACUGAAAUGCCAAAAUUUCUAAAAACGCCCAUUCUAACGUUCGCCAAGCCGUUACAGUACCAACAACGCAUGAUGCAGCAGCAACAGGUGGCUCAGCAACAAGCUCAGCAGCAGGCGAUGCUCCAACAGCAGCAGCAGCAAGUCGUCCAACAACAGGGACCGCCGCCGACCACUCCGACCCCAGGACACCCCCAGCAACCGCCUCCCGGAUAUUUCCCGGGUCAGGGACCGCCGGUGACGCCCGGGCGGCCGCUUCCGCCGUACGGAAUGCCGCAGCAAGCGCCAAUGUACCAUCCGGGAGGGCCUCAGGGACCGCCGGGAGUUGUCCAACGGAUACCCUCUUAUCAGGGCGGUCCUCCGCAAGGACCACCGCAGUUCCGACCUGUCCAGGGACCGCCACAACCUCCUCAAAUGGACCCGAUCGCGCAGGAGCCGCCGAAAAAGAAGAAGCGGCCGACGAAGAAGCAGAAGGAGGCGGCGGCGGCGGCAGCGGCCGAAGCUCAGCAACAGCAGCAACAGAUGCAGGCAUACUACGGACAGCAACAGCAGCAGGAACGGAUGCAGAUGAUGCAGCAGCAGCAGCAGCAGCAGCAGAUGCAACAGUAUCCGCAAGGGUACCCGGGCAUGCAGGGACCGCCGCAGGGAUACCCUCCGCAGGGCUAUCCGGGCGGGCCGCACACGCAGCAGCAGCAGCAGAUGUGGCACCAUCAGCAACAGGUAGGAAAGAGUUGCAAACUAAGAGGUCUUAGGUGUUUCUUAAAGGAUAAGAAAGAGAGAGAUAUGUUAGAGGUUCAAUUUCUUUAGGAUUUUAGCUACUCUUGGGCAACAUUUUGAUAUUUUUAUAGCUUUCGAAAAAAAGUUGCACUUUGAUAUUACAAAACACGAACAAAUGCGUUUCAGUUGCAACAACAACAGCAACAGCAGCGGAUGGCCAUGUUCCAGCAGCAGCAAGCACAAGCCCAGGCACAGGGUCAGCCGUGGCCCCCUCCGCCCCAACAACAACGGUCCUUGCCGGUUCCUUAUCCGCCCGGAACGGCCCAAAUGCCUCCGGACGGACCGGGCACUCCGAUGCAGCACAGAUUGUCCGGCGAGUUCGCGCCCCGCCCGGGAUCCUCCUCCGGGGACCAUCAUCCGCAGCAGCAGCCGCAGUUCCAGCAGCCGAAUCCGCAGGGAUUCCAUCGCAGCGACUCGUCCGCCAGCUUCGGAAGGGAACAGACGCCGUUUGGAGCGCAACCGGGACCGUCCGGACAACAACAGCCGUCUGGAGCUCCACACGGAGCCGGAGCCGACGAUAAGAUUGUCGUCGAGCAGUUUUUGCACAGUUCGGAACCGUGUACGUUCACACGCGCAUAGAAAAUUUGACCUUCCUUGUAGUUUUCUUGUUUUUGGACUUAGCGCUCCAUUUUUCCACCAAAAAUCGGUUUCCAAAUCGUAAAACUUUCAGUGGCUGACCUCGGUGACCUCGGCGAUCUGGGAGACUUGGAUAUUGGGCCGAUCGGACAGGAAAUGCAGGAAGGAGGACCGAGCACGUCGAACGGAGAAAACCGGACGAACAGUGAGCGGAGCGAUCGACUUGGUACGCGAAUUGGCACUGAAAAUUUCAGACCUAAUUUUUGUCCAAUUCUUGCUCAGAAACCAUUUCUAAAAUCAUUUCAGCGGCCUCGAUCGAACUGGUGGUGGACGAGGUGGCCCGAUCGGGAAGAGGCGGAGCGCACAGUGCGGAGCUGGCGGCGGUGGGCGAACGGCGCGGAAGCCAUCCAAUGAUCCAGUUGCCGUCUGCGUCGCCAGGAGGAAGUGAGUUCCCGCGUAUUCCCGUUCCAACCGCUUCAUUUCUCACCCUUACAGCUCCCUGUAUUACAGGAAAUCUGUCGCAUGAGCACAAUAUGCGGGCACACGCGUUCCACGGAGCCAACCGCAUCGAGCCGAACGGAAUGCGCGUCGUCAACGGAAACGAGACAAAUCCCAAGGUAUUUUUAACACUUGUUCUUCAAAAUUCCAUUUUUAACACUUGUUCUGCAAAAUUCCAUUUUUAACACUUGUUCUGCAAAAUUCCACCCUUCCAAAUUGAAGACUUUUAUGCUAAAAUAAAAUAAAAUUUCUGAACAUUGUAGACAAACGGAGCUCGACGGCAACAGCAGCAACAGCAGAAUGCGCAGCAGCAGCCGCAGAUAAAACAGGAAACAGGCGGAGGAGGCGGAGAAGACGAUGCAAAGAUUGCCGAAUUCGCGAAGACUAUCAGCGAAAAAGACAAGAAGAUCAAGGCGGCGGCGGAGAGCAAAACGAAGGUAGGCAUUUUUCGGUAAUUUGAAGAAAAUACUGAUAUAGUUUGGCAUAGUUUUUGUUUUGAUGAACUUUGAUUCUCACAUUUACACUUUAUUGAAUGUUUUUAAUAUGGCAAAUAGAAUGUACGAGAAGUUCAUACCGCUUGCAUUUAGAAAAGUCAAAAUAAAAGUCUGUGGAAGUCAAACACACGUCUGUAAAAUCUGCUGAGUGUUUCAGUCUAAAGUUUGCAACUCUUAAAUACAGUAAACAAGAAAUCGCACAGUUAAGUCACUGUUACCGUACUCCUUUUUUUAAAAAGUACCAUAGUUGAAUGGUGUACGGUAACAGUAGUACAACUGGGAGUAAGUGCUGCGAACAUUGCUGCGAACAAAUUAAUAGAUUUCACAUAUUUGUUUAAUUUUUGAAACGUCAAUAGAGCAAGCUAAUCCAUUUCUUACUAACUUCCCGAACCCGUCCACAUAAUAUUAGUACAGUUCCAGGCGAAAGCACCGCGAAAAACGAGAACGACGAAGAAGACGGCGGUGCCGGCCGUCGCUCCUUCAGCUCCUCAAAUGAUGGGUCCGAAUCAGAUGGGAAUGGGAAUGCAACAGCAGCAGCCGCAACAACAACAACAGCCGCAGCAUCCGAAUGCACAAAUGAUGAUGGGAAUGCACCCGGGAAUGCAUCCGAUGCACCAGAUGCAAAUGCAGCAGCACCACGAGGAAAUGAUGCAAAUGCAACAGCAGCAGCAGCAGAUGCACCAGCAACAAAUGCACCAGCAGCAGCAGCAGCAGAUGCACCAGAAUCAGAUGCCCCUCCAUCAUUUGCCGCCAAAUCCGCCUCAACAGCCCUCUCAGUCACAGUCUUAG